AUGGUGAACCCCAAGGAAACACCUUCUAAGGUGGCAGCUAAUGCUCUUUCAGACCUGGAAUUGAAAGACGCCAAAAACAAUCUCGCCAACACAUUGGAAGCCGUUAAUGAGCUAGAAGACUCGGGAAACGCUGGAUCAUCAGAAGACCAAAAACUCGAGUCCAGACUCAGCAAAGCUGCUGCAGAACAUCACAAGUUUCUACGUUCACACCAAGUUCAUCGUCACAAACUUAAAGAAAUGGAACAGCACGAGCCUUUGCUGGCAGAAAAUAAACGCAGAUUCGUUCUGUUCCCCAUCAAGUACCAUGAAAUCUGGCAAGCCUAUAAACGCGCCGAGGCGUCGUUUUGGACCGCGGAGGAAAUCGAUCUAUCCAAGGAUAUACACGAUUGGAACAAUCGCAUGAACGAAAAUGAACGUUAUUUCCUAUCGCGGGUGCUAGCGUUUUUUGCAGCAUCGGAUGGGAUAGUCAACGAAAAUCUGGUGGAAAAUUUCUCUGCUGAAGUGCAAAGUCCGGAAGCCAAAUGUUUUUACGGAUUUCAAAUCAUGAUGGAAAACAUUCACUCCGAGACUUACUCGCUACUGAUUGAUACCUACAUCAAGGACCCCAAAGAAAGUGAGUUUUUGUUCAAUGCAAUCGAAACUAUCCCGCAAAUCAAAGAAAAGGCUCAAUGGGCCAUAAGGUGGAUUCAAGACGAAGAAGCACUUUUCGGUGAAAGAUUGGUGGCUUUUGCAGCUGUUGAAGGUGUUUUUUUCUCAGGUUCUUUUGCAGCCAUUUUCUGGCUCAAAAAGAAAGGUUUGAUGCCGGGUUUGACAUUUUCCAAUGAGCUCAUUUGCAGAGAUGAAGGUUUACAUACGGAUUUUGCGUGUUUGCUGUUUGCACACUUGAAAAAUAAGCCAAAUCCAAAAAUCGUUGAAAGAAUCAUUACAGAGGCGGUUGAAAUUGAGCAGCGUUAUUUUAGAGAUGCCCUGCCCGUAUCAUUGCUGGGCAUGAACGCCGAUUUGAUGAAUCAAUAUGUGGAAUUUGUUGCUGAUAGAUUGUUGGUGGCUUUGGGUAAUGACAAGUUUUAUAAGGUAUCCAAUCCUUUUGAUUUCAUGGAAAACAUUUCGCUAGCUGGUAAGACCAAUUUUUUCGAAAAAAGAGUUUCGGAUUACCAAAAGGCUGGUGUUAUCGCCAAAUCUAGCAAAACCGAAACACAAGGCGACGGGUUUGCCUUUGAUGAGGAUUUUUAA